AUGUCUACAAAAAGACGAAAUUUUAGUCCCGACGCUGAUAUAGCGUACUUUCACGACCUUGUGAAAUGUCUGUCCAAGGAUAGUGUGUAUGAUGCGAAAGGGGUCUUGCUCUUGUGCAAAUCCCUUUAUCCCACUUCACAAAAAGUCAAAGUAAACAACUUCAUUUUAUAUAUAUACUUAAAGAUCAUAGAGUAUGAACUGUCUAAAGUGAUGGAGAAUUACAAGCAAGCAGCUGUCUUGUUAUCAGAAAUAUCCAACGCUGAGGACCCGUUCGUCAAAUCCGAAAUGCAUACAAUUGUUUCUAGCCUUAUGGUCAGUGGCCCCGGGGCGGAUACGUUUGAGCAAAGUACGUUCUCAUAUUCACGCUGCAGUCGUAGAGGCAAUAUUUCCAUCCACUUAUCUUUUGGUAACUAUUUUAACAGGUAGAUUGAUAUCUGUCCACAAAGUAAUUGUGUUCGUCGUAACCUGGUUGAUAGGCUUCGGAAAAAAGCCCUAGCAACCUAGUACUUGCAGACUACCGGCUUACAAAAAGUGGUUAACCACCUUUGUCGCUUCUGUUAGUCAUGGUGGGCUGUCCAGAAACGUUCAUCCGGCAGGCUCUUGUUACAUUUCAGAUGUCCAACCGCAGCCAAGUACUUCUUUUUCCACACCCUGUUAAUGUGCAUUUUCUUGCUUCAUUUCACAUAUCGUAUUGAGCUGGGAAUAGCGAUCUAGAUAGCAAUUCCAGUUAUCGCCCACUUUUCAGAACUUUACCUCGGAAAUGUCUGAAUCAGACGUUUCCGAUCGUUAGCUGGAUUUGGUACCGGAGUACAAAACAUGAGCGUUAAUAGUUUUUGGAGUCUCGUUCAACUAAUAUAACUGCUUUUGGUUCUGACUUCAGAUGUUUCAUGUUAAGAUUCCUAUAUAGGAACUAGUAUUGCUCACUCAUCUGGCAAACCUUCCAAUUCUCCCAUGGACUGAGUUUCCUGUCUGCAGUGACUUUCCGCCUUUUGUUGACGGAAUUAUGAAAAAUAUUGUUUUCCUCUGGCCGUCGAUCUAUAGACUCUCUCUAACAGUCCGAAGUAUAAAUACCCAUAGGCCUUUUGUUAACCACUUCGUGUUUAUUGUCUGCCGAAUAUCCUCUUCACGGGCAAGCAAAUGAUGUGCAGCAUCACUCCGACCCGCAUUAUUGCAUGGGUUGGAAGUUUUGUUCACUGUAGCGAAAUCUCCUUGGACCUACAAAGCUUUGUCCGCCAUUUUGAGAACAUGUUUCCAUUCGAUCUACUUAUUUUCUGCAGGAAAAACCUUAGAUAUGACGCUUAUUUGCGUAAGUGUGGCCAUCGUGGUUGUAGUCAGUCAGCCAGAAGGCUGUGACAUUCACAGGAUCCUGGAGAGAAUUAGCAAGUAUAUGCUCACAUGCCCGGCUUUUAGACUAUUAUAUCUAAGUCGCAACCGGGUCUUAAAAAGGACAUGAUCGAAACCAUCGUCGUUCCCAAUGUCGGAGACAUACAUUGCCCGAAACUCCAACCUCAGGUUGACCUUCUUUACUCUUUUUAGUGUAAAGUCGACUUGAUUUUUUUCAUGGCCAUCGUCUUAUUGUCGAUUAAAAUGCACCACCCACUAUAGCGAAAACAGGUUUUUCUAGUAACCAGUACCAAUCCACCAUUCGCACAACCUUCCAUUACCUAGAGGUCGAGAAUUUUCCUCAUACAUGUAUCCCCAUCACCCACUGCAUUCCAAUCCCUCCCAGUGACAAGAAGUUCAUGCACUGUACACGCCUGCCAACCCCUCCGCCUCAUCAUAGAAUGCCUUUUUCCGCUCGUUAGCAUUCACUGUCGGGGCCUGGAUCGCAACAACGACGGCGUUGAUAACAGCAUCACGAAUUCUGAAUUGCAAUCUUAAGUGACACCAGUUCCUCGCCCUUAGGCGAAGCUUGAGGGGGGUUGCUCAGGACAAGUGAAAAACGCUGUCGACCAGACGCGUCUGCAGCAUCAGUAUAUGGGAGUGGGAACCUUCUCUUCCCAAUGCUUAAAACUCCAUUUUCCCACAAGCCGUGAUUUUGCAGGCACCUCUCGAAGAAAUAGGAAAUGUUCACUUGGUUUACUAGUAUAGAUCUGGAUUCGUUAGUUUCUGCCAGCACUGUAGCAUGUGUCGAGAAUCGCCAGCGAGGAACUUAUAUCUUCAUGACAAUUUAGGGACUCAUUACAAGCAGUGUCCUUUAGUCCUCAACAUGGCCUCUAAAUUGACAUGAAUUCCAAAAGGCAUCAGUGCCAAGACCCACUUGUGUACUGUUACUUCAUGCUCAUCAAAAUCGGACUCCGCGGCAUAUGCCAAAGUAGUCGGCCUGCCAACUGCUCCCACUAUUGCCCAUUAACCCGAUUUAACGGUCCUAUUUUACGGCUAGCUCACACUGAAAGUUGUUCCUUCGCUCAGUACCCCGGGACGCAGUCAACAGAAGAGCCCCCUCGUUAUUCUGAUAAUGAGUUUCACGGUAGAGCUGGUAUAGACGCGCAAACAACUACACUUAUUCUCUGUUUUAACAAUGGAUUCUACAGAAGUAUAUUCAGCUUAUUCUGGAUUUAUCACUCACUUGUUCUUUUGCAUAUUCCUAUCGACCGCCUAUCCGUCUUAUCGAGCCCAAGCAAGCUGGGCAAACACUUGACUGAUUCCUUUUUGAGUGGUCUCUUCCGAAGUGCCUGUGGUCUCGAAUCAUAUGCUGUAUGUCGUUUAUGUUACAUGUUACGAAUGUGUGCCCCCGGACUACUCUAAGUUUUCCUUUAUUUCAAAUAUUAUCUAAGAUCCUUGGAAGGUUUGAUGGUUUGAGGUGCUGGCCUUUGCUGCCUUUUUGACGAUUACCGCCUGUCACUUCUGAAACAGACAGGGUUUAUUCAAACAAGCAGAGAGAAGUGAAUGGCCAGACGUUGUUUUCUAGCGAGAUUGACAUCUUCUUUGUUUCUCUCUUUUCUUUCUAGAGCUGUUUAUGGCCCUCCCAAAUCGUCUUCAGUACGAUUUUGUUACUCGGUUUUGCUGGGAGUCUUUUACCGAUGCAACAUCUCAGGCCGAUUUCCUGUUGAGGUUUAUUAAGGACAAGACCGAGGGCCUUGAUGCUGACCACCUGAUUGCCCCACUGUGCGAAGUCCUCAUAAAACUCUUGAUGGAUGCUGAGGUCGAGCACUGGCAGUCCUGUGAUAAAGCCACAGUUGAAGUACCAACUACGACUGAAGUGGCACAAAAGAAAUCCCUCGCCUCUCCACCGCCACGAAAAUUAGCCAAGUCCCCAUCUUCCUCUGGUUGCCCAGAGGAAGGCGAAGAAGGUGAAGUCAUUGAGGCUGAUGAGGACGACGGUGAGGAAUCGGAGGAGGAUUAUGAAAACGGCGACGAAGACGUCAAAAGCAGCGUCCAAACCUUGCACAAAGUGCUCAAUGUGUAUCGAAUGAUUUUGGCUACGGACCUAUUUCCAGUAAUUCAUCGCGUAAGUACUGUCAUUCUGUUUUUUUUUCACACCAACCCUUGCCCCCUUUCUUUUCAGAUGAGAAAUACAAUCAAGCUUGCCGGUCCGCAAUUACAAACCCUCGUGAUUAACUCCUUCCAAUUCCUCCUGACGUUUGCCGCGCACAUUCCCUUUGCCUCGGCUGCCGAACCCUUUCCGGCUGUUUCUGGGCUUCAAAAGCCGCUGCCGUGUCUUCUCCAACAGGAGCCACGGCGGUACCUACGUCUCUACUUGGACAUGGCUUGCGCCCUACUGAAGUGGCCCGUGAUUGGAUCUUUUCAGGGUCAAUCCCAUAGCGAUCUGAUGGAGUCGCUGCUGGAGUGUGUUCGUAUCUACGAGAAUGCUGGUCUGGAAGGCAGGGAGAGUCAGCACCAGAAAAGCCGCAAACGUCAUCAACGUGCUGCUUCUACUGCCGCCGCCGCCUCCCCCCUCAAGCCUCCCCCUGUUUCCGCCUAUGCAGCUGCCAACGAGGCUGCCUGCAUCUUCUGGAGCCUCCUCAUUGAGGUGGGCCUGAAGUACGCCCAGAGCUGUGACAAUAGUCUGCUUCCCCUCAGUGCCCCCAACAUCCUGCCAGUUGGCACGAAGAUGCAGCCCGACUCGGCUGUAGAUGAUGACUGUCUCCUCUUUCUGCACAAACUCUUUUCUCUUCAGCAGGCCUUUGAAGGCCAAUCAGUUACAGGACGCAAAAAGAGCCGUGGCGGUGGAGGAGGUAGGAGCGAAAAAGCUAGCGGAUCCAUCCUGCAGGUUAUGCAUGCCUCUCUGCGACCCCAGGAUCUGGCAGUCUUCUCUGCCGGUGCCUCUAGUCUACCCAAGUUCAUGUUUGAGUCCUGUCAGCUGGAGCGCUUUCUUCGUUUGCAUCUCGCUCUGGCGGGCUUGUUUGACCCUUCGACUGGUGAUCAGGUCUUCUGUUGGGCAGACGAAGUCGUUGGUGUCGCGACUGCCCUCACAAAGGCCACAGACGGCACCCAGUCGGCCGUCCCCCUAUUUGUACUGCCUUAUCCUAGGGGGGAUUUGCUGCGCCUACAUUGCCUGAUAAAGGCUGUUCGAGCCAGACAUACCCCACCACAGAAUCGAAUUGUUGAACAGGUUGCUUGUUUUCAGCGACUCUUCAGCCUUUUGGAGGCACCUCCCUCUUCAUCUGUUGAUACUCUCCAGCCUCUUACUAAUAUCGACAGUGGCGAGGGCCUACUACACCUGCAUCUUUCAAGUGAUCAUCAGCUCCUGCAGAUUCUUGAGACCAUCAUUAAGCUGUGGCUUUACUCUAGGCUGCGCGAGACGAGACAACUCUCAGACAAGCAAUCUGUUGAUCUUGCUCUCUUUAUCCUGAUUCUUCAUCAGAACGCAAUUUGGUCGGAAGUCCUCAUGAAGGUUAAUGCGGAUAUACUAAGAGACAUUAUGAAGGUGAUUAAACAGAACUGGGCGACGAUUCGGUUGCAAAUUCUUGCCUGGAUUAAAUCAGGAUUCGUUGUGGACUUUAGUCUUCUCACUCACCUGGUUCAUAUUGAAACCGAGGCCGGCUCGUCCACCAAUGAGAUGUAAGCCUAUAUUCCCUUUUAUGCAUUUCAUAACCAUUAUUAUCAUUUUCACCGUGUUUAUUUAAGCAGCUGCUAAUAAUAGUAACGUCCGAAUGUCUCGCGGGCAUGUGAAAUAUCUCGCAUUAGUAUGGCAACGUUAUGUAAAGUGGGACUAAAUGAAGUAGGUAGAGAUUUAUUUAAAUCCGUCAUUUGUAAUCCGAGCAUUAACCCUAGCGUUAAUCGAAUCGCAUAUCCUGUAAGCUCUUGAUUUCCUGCUACAGCCCCCUAAGCAGAUUAGGUGGGCCAUCUGUUAAACUUUUAACGACCAACGUCCACCGUCACUUUGCUACCGAGAAACUAUAAUAAAUGGCACAUGAAGUCAUUUAUUGCCUCAUUUUAGGGACUUCCUGUGUAAGCCAAAACUUAUUGAGCAUCAACUGAAACAGUUAAUUGCGCUCUUAAAUGGAGAGAAAACAAAUUGCCUAGAUGGGCUUGCGAUGGCGGAAAAUUUUACUGACAAAGACACGGGCAAAUAAGACGGCCAUUUCUUGCUUGUGACUACUUUCGGUGACCCACCAAAACCACAAACAGCGCUCGUACCAUCAGCCUACACUGGUGGGCGUUCCUUGCAACUUUGAAUAUUCCUACUCGAGCUUGUAUCCCAUGUCUAAUCUAGUGACCAAACGAACCCAGGCGCAGACAUCGGGUCCACUUGAUCCACCACUCAUUACAUUAAUUCCCUAAUAGCAAGUCGGAUGCGCACCAACUGCCUUUGGAGGUCGACACUGUGAAAUGUUGAUAAUGUACCGAAGGCGACUUUGUAAAACUAUCCAAGAGCAGCGUAAAUCCGGGAAAUCAAAACACAUUUUCUAUGCAGCCAUUUUCAUUUUACCUCUCUCCCCCCUCCUCCCUCCCGUAUGCUCAAACCUUCCUUACGCCACCUACAACAGCAAGAAUAAAAGUGCGGAAAGUCUCGGUGUCGUUGUACGAUCUUAUAUAUGUAAACCGUUGUGCAAAAUAUGUAGAAAUCGACAACGGUUAUUAGGGGACUAUGCAGCAUUAAAAUAUGUUUAUAUGAAUGUACGAAUGUGUAUAGAAGUUUAACCUUACUUCCACUUGUUACGGGUCAUGCACAUCAAUAUGUCCCCUUUAGCUCCAGUGAGAUCUUCGACAUAAACUUAUUCCUUUCUGCGUUAAAGUUGUAGUUUUCCCGGAGAAGUCUUCAAAUUAAGAGCAAAGUCUUCAGGACGCGAUGUUUCGAGUUAUUUCUCAAAACGUCUACGAAACUUUGGGGCGAACGCCACCAAACUCAGCUAAGUUGCCCUGUAAUGUCGCUGGUCGCGAAUCCAGCGAUAGUAUAAUUCGCGCAAUUUUAGAUUUGAGAUCGUGCUGCCAACAUGGGUAAUAGCGAAAAGUUCAGGGAAGUUUUCACCUAUUUCUCUGAUGUCGCGUUAAUAAUACACUAUAUACGUAUACCGACAGGGACAGCAGAGACAUAGGUGGCCAUUUCUGGCUUGCUAGCCGUCGUAGGCCAACCAUAUCCAACUCGAGGUGUGAAACACCUGCGACUCGAUGCCGCGAUCUGUUGGUUGGAAAUCGAACACCUCUAACUACUGAGACGCGGGCUCGUCGUUCUGUCAGUUGCGACCGGGUAUAUACAAUGCUAGAGGUCUUGGACUUCUAACCAAAAGGCCGCAGGAUCGAGCCCCAGGUCUUCUACACCUCAGGUUGGGUAUGGCCGGCUGACGACGGCUAAUAAGCCAGAAGUGGCCACUCCAGUCUCCCUGGUCUUUGUCGAAAACAUUACGCUGCCUAUAUUGCGUGCAGCCAUGCGGCUGCUAGCGGGGCUCGCGAAAGAGAGAGCCAAGGCACAACAGGACGAGUGAGUCUCGUAGCGCGGUCGGUGAGCACCUCUUUACCAUAAUUUGAGAAGCCCGCCUUAAUGUGAUUAGUGCAGAUGCCCCGUAUCUGAUCUAGCUAAGUAAAACGUCAGACAAAAGCAUAUCUCUCCCGGUGGACGUCUGAUAUAGUGCGUGACAAUCGCAUCUUUGUUACUAUCAAUGCUUUCACUUCUGUUAUAAAUUACCGCAAAUUUCUUCAGCUAGCUUUCAUAAAAAUUAAUUUGUUCGGGUUUUGGUGAAGUGAGGAGUUUUUCGACACUCUCGCCCGCUUGGUUUCGGUACCUGUUCCACUUGUUAACACCUACCCACACACACAAUUGCCGUUUCCUUAAAAUUUAUGAUUUUGUGGAAUCGUCUCUCCUGUCUAUUUAGGGAGGAGUCUGAGUUGGUGAGGACAUGCAUCUCGCGCAUACAGAACCCAUCAGACAAGCCGAUCGUCCUUCUUUUGGCGGAUUUUCUCAAAGCCGAGGCCGUUAACAUCCGCGCCUGCUUACUUCUCCAGUAG